GUUUAAUUCUGGAGGCUCUAAAUAUCAUUUUUGGCUUGUGCUAGAAACAGUCAAUUAUUAAAUUAAUCUUGGUUCCAAAAGGAUAACUUGGCAAUGUCAUUUUGUAUAGUCGUUUCAUAAUUUAAUGAGAAAUGCCGGUAAUGAGAAAUAUGUCUCCCACAUUUGGUAAUGCUUUAUUCAAAAAGUCUUAUUUAUAUAACGUACUAUUUAAUUUUGAACGUAGAAUUAGAAACCACACUUGAUUGUUUUUAUAAUUUAAAGUUUAAAUUCGGCGGCUAGUCAUAUCUAGUUAAAUUUUUCAUAAUAUAUUUUGGGUUAUAGGAAUGAAGGCUAGUAACCUGGAGUGGUGGGAGAACUACCGGCAACACUGCCGUGACGACACACACAACAGUUCAUUGAGGGAUUGACUGAGGUGGGGAUCUGUCCAGUCUUGAAGCCGGGUUGUGAGUGUCGUCGGUCUGUGAAACAAGUCUUAUUUUCAGUAAUAAAAAAUGGAGGAUAGUGAAGUGAAAACAUUUUACAAGGAUAAAAAUAUUUUUAUCACUGGGGCAACUGGCUUUGUUGGAAUGGCUGUUGUGGAAAAACUUCUUCGAACAACAGAUGUUGGUAAAAUUUACCUGCUGAUUCGGCCAAAGAAAGGAAAGGAAGCAUCUGCCAGAUUGGAAGAUUAUAUUAAAAAUCCAGUGUUAGCCGGGGAUAAAGAUUUUGAGUAA